ACAAAUCACAUUUGUCAGCAUGUUACCACGUGGCUAAAUUUUUCUAGGUACUUGGAGUAUUUUGUCUAGGUGAACUCACAUCUGUGAUUCCACUUGGAACUUAUAAUUAGAAGUGCUUGGAAGGAUAAUCUCUAAUGAAUACCCGAAACAAUUUUAAAUCUAUUAUCUUUGAAGGUAAAAUGCCUAAGUUCUAAUGAAAUAGUUCAAAGUUCAGCUGCUAAAUGUCGCCUGGAAUUUAUUUAUUUAUUUAUUUAUUUAAGGUGUUAUAGACAGUAGAGGUCUAUGUUACACCACAAUAUGGUACAACAUUUAUACAGAGUUCCUUAGUUUAUAGUUUGUUAUGUACAUUUAACUAUAAUAUUGUUACUACAUUGUACUUUGUUUUCUUGUCUCCAACAUACACUGAGCCUUGUUUAUUCAUUCAUUCUCUACCUUUUUAUCUUUACUAAUUCCGAACAUUUUGUUAUUAAUAACUUUGAAAUCAUCUAUUUUAAACAUUUUCCAUUAAUUAAUUGAUAAUUCAAUAUUUUUUUAUGCUACCUUAUUGUUUAGCUUGAACUGCCUUAAGUCAGGACUGCAAUCUUACUUUUAACUAUUUAAAAUUGUUCAUUUAUUUUGUUAUUCGAUUUCCCUUUCUUUUUUGUUUUUGGUGUACUACAAUAGUAAUCACAACUUUUUUAUCGCUACAUAUCAUUUAUUAUUCAAUAAGCGUUAUCUCGAGACAACUCUAUAGUCUUACUUGGGGUUUUAUUUAUUAUAAACUUUAUUAUAAAAAUAAUUGACUUCCAAAUAUAUAUUCUUCAGGUACUCUCCCCUAUAUAAUACUUAUAACAUAACCGCAAUAAUUCAAUUUUUAAUAUUCCGUAAUUUCUACCAUAAGCUGAUGCGUUUAGCGCCUCCCACGCAAUAUGCAUCUUCCCCACCUAGGGCCGGCGUUAGGGAGAGGCGCUGUCGGGCAACUGCCCGGGGCGCCAGAUUUUUGGUAGCGUCGCAGUCCGGUGUAGAUUAUUAAAGCUGCUAUAUAUUGUAGUUUAAUCUUUACAAUCUACCUACAGAUUCAUCGUUUGAUUAUUAUUACCUUGACAUCUUUUCUUAAAAAUUUUAAGCCUCUGAAGGGACCCCGCGAUAAUCUUGCACGAGGCGCCAAUAUUGCUAAAGCCGGCCCUGACAUGUCAGUUAAAAGUCACAACUAAACAAGGAAGGAAAACUGUGGUAUUCUAUCUGUCUUUGUCUCUUAGCGCAUGCGUACAAGUGCAUGGAUCCACGCAUCUUCUGAAUAUCUCCUUGCCAACGUUAACACUUUUUUUCAAUUCAAUUCACUCGACAUUCAAUUAUUUUCUUGUAAUAUUUUAUCGAUAUCAGUGUCAUAUAAAAUGUUUUUUAAAAAUUUUAAGCCUCUGAAGGGGCCCCGCGAUAAUCUUGCCCGGGGCGCCAAUAUUGCUAAAACCGGCCCUGUCCCCACCACCUGUUGCACAACGAAAUUUGAAUCGUGUCGGUUGGGUGUCGGUUGAGAUCCGAAUACAUGCAUAAUUUGUCGCAGCCUCUGACGUGAUACACCCGAUUGCGAGAGUGCAUUUCGCAGCAACCUGUUGAUAUGUUUUAGAAUACGAUACGGUUGUACUUGUUGCUUUGUGUACACCCCAGUUCCUAUAUUAGCUUCUUUUUAAUCUUCUUUUUAAUUUAACGAGACGUAAAAAGUAAUCGUUGAGAGAUGAGCGAUUCCGGAGACGGUGUCAAAUAUAAAUGGAGCCCCGAGAGCACAGCGUUAUUGGUAUCGGUAUGGUCCGAUAGGCAAGUGCAGAAACAACUCGAAUACGCCUCGAAACCACAGCUUAUUUGGGAAAGCGUCGCCCGUUAUAUGACGAAAAAGGGAUACAACGUUUCUGCUAAACAAUGUCGAUCCCGAAUGAAGCAAGUUUUGGUCUGUUACCGAGAAGCCAAAAGAGCUGGUACACGAGCGGGUGUAGAGCAAUAUUAUGAAUCGAUCGAUCGUGUUCUUAAGAACAAACGUUUGGAGGGAAUUAACAUUGAUGGCAUAGAUACCGUAGAUGCAGUGUUACACGUCAAGUCUCCACCAAAAGAUGUUAAAACAAAUAAAAAUAUGGAAAUGAGACACAGAUAUUCAGAGCCUAUACAGACACUUCAUCGUACAGAAGCGUUGUCUCCUACUUACACAUUUGGGCGUGAAAACGAAUAUCCAGACUCCCCAGAGUCAAAUGAAACCGUAAUAGCUCGGCCUUAUAGAGUCUUUUCUCCAACAAGGGAUGUAGCCAUUAAUACCGGCGAACAGUUAGUUAAAAUAGCUGGCAAAUCAACACAGUGCGGUUCUUUUCCAAUGGAAGAACCGGUGCGUGCAAGUUAUAAACAGAAUGUAUUGCACAGCAAUCCAUAUAGCGAAGUACCCUAUCAAAAUACGGUCCAAAAUGUACAAAAUCAUAUAAUACAAGAGAACAUGCAGCAACAUCAAAAUUUUCAACAAAACGAUAUAUGCAAUCAGCAAAAUAUGUUAGGAAACAAUUUAGGGUUUCAACAGAAUCUGCACAAAUUGAAUCAAAAUUUAGCGACUCUGUCUGUAAAUGUUCCGCAAAGAAUUAGUCCGUCGACUAUACAGAAUUGUAAUUUGGAACAUAUGAUUCAGCAACAGAAUCAUUUGCAACAGAUAGUGCAAGCAAAUAAUCGUGCGAUGCCUCAAGAGCCACAAAAACUUGCGUUUAGGCGAGAUUUAGUAGCUGCAUAUAGACAGCAAUAUGGCAACGUACUAUCUCAUAUGCCUCCUAUAAUAGAUGAUAAAGAAAAAGGAUCUCCAACUUAUUCUCCGGAUGUGUCUCAAAAUUUAAAUGAUGCUUUUUGCCAAUCAAAAAGUGACGCGAAAAUGCAUAACCUAAACGAAGGCUACAGUUGUUCUACGCAAGUGCCAAAUCCAUUAACAGUGCCUAACAAUCCUGAUAAUACCGUAAUAACAAAUAACGCGACGUGUAACGAUGAUAGUCUUUUAAUGGAAUUUUUAAUGGACUCCUUAACUCAAACGGACAACGACAGCAAAUCAAAAGACACUGCAGUUAAUACGGAUAACAUUCCACAUGUACCAGUAAGAAAAAAGAAAGCGCAGAAACUAGAGCAGCUCUUUCUGAGUGCGAUUAAUUCUCAGAAUGAAGUUGUUAAUAAGAUUCUCGCAGCACAAAAUGAUAUCCUAACGAAAUUCUUAGACGUCGACAGAGAUCGUCAAAACAGGCUCGAAAAUCGAUUGGAUAAUUUGUUGAAGGUUGUUCAUACUUCUGUGCUUACGAAACAAAAUCCAGAGCAAAAUGUUGAAAUACCUCCACCACUGGAAGAACCUAUAAUAACAUCUUUAGUGCCUCCACCAAGGCCCGGAGCACCUCCUCCAAAGUUGGAUUUAGUUCCUCCAAAACCUUGCAGAGUUCCUUGUACAGUGCCAAAUUCUAAUAUCGAAUUGAUUAAUCAAAAUCCAGUAGCAACAAGACCAGGUGUUGUUACUCCUAUAACUAGCCCUAUAAAAAAACCUGGCACUAUAUGGUCGAAAUUAGGACCGGUAUCACAGUCUCCUUUCGUGAAGGCUCAGCAAAGAUUGGGUUUCCAACCUGCUCCGAUCACAGAAACUCGAACUCAAUCCUCCGCUGAAAGACGUAUAGUCAGAGACAUGGAGAACUUUACUAUGAACACGCAAGUCAUGAAAUUUGAAACAAUGAAAUUCUUGGAAAUGGAGAAACAACUGGAAGAGAAAAUAGAAAAUGCUCGUCUCGAAACGACGAUCAGUCAAACUUUACAUGCGCGCAGAAAAUUAUUCACGCAGAGAGAACCAACUGCGGCUAUGGUACUGACUGCAGCAUUUUUGGAAAACGAAUGCCGCGCUGCAGAACUUAUGAAUCAGUGUGACGGUUAUUACGCGAACGAAGGAAAUUUAAAAAAUAUCGAGGACGAUUUGUUAGCUGGUCAAGGAGAAAGUUAUGAGCAUUUACGACAACUAAAUAUUCGGCCUACUUAUAUAUCUGGAGAACCUUGUGAUAGUUCUACCCCAGCAAAAUUAGAAAUCAUUUCUAGCAAUAGAGACAAACCUCCUGUACCAAAACAAACGAUUCAACAAUUGGCUCAGCUUGUUAUGAACACAGGAAGAUGGAAAGAUCUUGCGGCACAAAAUGAACAGAAGAAUCAAGGAAAUACACAGAAACAGCCAAACGUCCGUACAAUCGGUUAUAACGAAGGAUGUGUAACAGGACAGCCUAGCGUCGUGUCGAGAGAAAAUCAAAUGAAAGAUGACAAAAGUUAUGUUCGUGACUGGAUGCUAAAUAAAUACGGAGCAACAAACGAACAGAAACCAGUAUCAUCGCGUAAUGUAGUAAAUAAACAACCUACGUUCCCCAUAGGUUUUACAACAACAACGAUGGAUGUUGAAAACUCAAAAAAGAAAGAUCCCAAUGAUGAAAUUUGUAGACCUCUUGGUUUCAACAAUAACAUUUUACCGAAUGGCAAACAACAAAAUGUUCGUUUUAUGGACGAAGCGCUUGCUGAAUUGUACCACAUGUACAAGGAAAGAGUGUCCAAAGAACAACAAGAAAAGAAUGAUAGUUUACCAUACGUACCAGGUAAUGGUAACACCAUUUCACCUCAAAAUCGACAAAUGAUUGAAAAGUAUAUCCACGAAAUAAUGCCAAAAAGACAGUUCAGAGACGGCAAAGACAAAGAUACUGAUUCUGAUAACGAUGAAUUUUUGGAUACUACUGCUACUAUGUCAACAAUUGUACCACGUCGAGGAUCCCUUACGUCAACUGGUACUACAUCAACAGAAACUGGACAUACCCUGAAAUUCACAAAGCCAGAUAACUGUGUUAUUAGUUAAUUAUAUGGGCGUAAGAAAUACAUAAACCAAGUACUCUGCAAAUUACAACUACUAUACGAGAUUCUAAGAAUAAAUAAUAUUAAAACUAUUCCUUUAACGUAUAAUUCUUAUACAGUUCUAAACUACACUUUUUGAAACAAGAAUUAUAACUCCAUUCAACAGACGUAUAUUACGCGUAUAUUUGUGCAAUACGUUUUCUUUCAUACAAAUUAUUACAAAACAUUACGAAAUAAGAAAGUCAUGUUAUUGGAUACUUGUUUCUAUGAGAGCAGUGAAUUAAUUUUGUUUAAAUAGCAAUCAUGCAUAUGUUACUUCGACAAGUAUGUACAACAUAUACAUACAUGAAAGAUUAACGGUCAAAAUAUUUCUGUAUUUAAUGUUUCUUUGUUUCGCACAUGUUGUUCAAUGAUGAUUAUAUUUCUCAUAAUAUAACCGUUGCUAUUAAAUAUUAUUAAAUACAUUAUUCAAUUGUAUUAACUUCCUGACAAAAGGAAAUUUUCUUGAUUGGUUG